AUGUUUGUUUUAAUGGCGUUUAUAGUUUUACUUUCGAAUCGAGUCUCUCAAACGGAUUGCAUUGAUAUAUUCGACGAAAAUGAGGAUGAAGACGACGACGGCGACGAAAACGACGGAAGAGCAGUAGUAACGUUGUCGCCGUUCGCAAACGAUAGUUUUUCAGAAUGGACUUUGUUCGACGGCAUGGAAGCUGAAGAAAACGAAUUUAAUUACAUGGUUUACGUCAUAAGGUACGACAAUGGAAAACUUUGCAGCGGUUGCCUCGUGUCAACGGAUUUAGUAUUAACGGCUGGAUAUUGCAUAGCGAAAGCGAAUCGGGAUCACGUCAUGGUCGCGGGUGGAAAAUCUCACCUUUCGAGUUACUUGCUCGAAAGAAUGAACACACCGUUUGAUAAAAUCAUUGGAUUUAAAUAUUUGGUGGAAGAAAGGAAAGCUUGGAACGUUUUCGUUCAUCCCAAAUACAACAAGCAUUUUCCUCAUUUUGCAAACGUCGGAUUUGUAAGGAUCAAAUAUUCGUUCAGUAAAAAAUUGGUGCCGAUUACGGUGGCAACAAAAAAUGUCAGAACCCUAAAUAAUUGCACGUUGGUCGGUUGGGGAUUCGCCGAUAACACGAAUUUGUGGGGGACUCUUUUUUAUCUAUCUCAUAAAAGAGCUAGAAUCGCAUAUAAAGGGGGUAAAAAAACGGACGCGUUUUUUCGCGUUUACAACGUCGAGAAAAAUUUGAGCAAAUGUCCCGAAGAUAUGGGAGGACCUCUCGUCGCGGAUGGUAAAGUUUGGGGAGUCGCAUCACACACAAAAUACGAUUUGAAAAACACGGGAAAAUGCAAUGGAAAUUAUCAAGUCGUGUACACGAGUUUGCAUCCAUUCGACGAUUGGCUAAAUAAAUUCAUAUACACGGAAAACGUUGGCGGAAACGAAUUGAAAUCCGAUUUUAAAAUAAUCGGAAUUGCAAUUUUUUUUUGUUUCCGGUCGUUCCUAGAGUUGGUGAGUAACUCCGAGAUUAGCAAGGAAACCGGUAACCGAAUCGGAAGUGGAAAAGAAGAGGAAAAACAGGAGAAGGAAGUCGGAAAAGAAUGA